CUCCGCUGAGGGACGGCGCUGGGCCCGGGCCCCUCACCUGGCGCCUGCAGGUGAUGGGUGCCUGGGGAGGGGCCGCAGCAGCCCCGCGGCCAUCAUGUCAGGGAUCACUUUAUGCCCGAGCCUGGACACCUCGGCGAAGGGAAUGCGCCGAGCCGGGCGUCCUGGGUGACUCCCUUCCUCCAGAGGUGGGGACACUGCUCGGCCCCUCCGGCAUGAACCUCCACCCCUCUGCCCUCCGUGCCCCGUGGCGAGGCCCCUCACGGGGCUGAGACCCCGAGCGGGGUCGGUGGGCAGAGCUCCGAGGGUGAGGGGAGCCUCCCGGCCGAGUGCGGCUCGGCCGCCCCGGGCCCGCCGUCCCUGCAGCCUCCGGCGAGGCGCGGUAAUUGCAUAAGCCGGCCCGUGCCCGUGAGCUCCCAUUGACAGGCAGUGGCCGUGGUUACGCAACGCGGCGGUGUCUGCGGGUGUCCCGCUCCGCGGGAGCGCGGCGACCUCCGCCCGCGGCCGCCGGCCCCGCUCGUGCCGCGCCGGGGUUCCCUCGCCUGUUCCAACCGCAGCAGGAGUGACCCGACCCGCCAAACGUGCUGUCACGGUGCUUUGGAUGAGUUCAGGGUCUUGGGUGUGGGGAACUGAGGAAGGCUUUCCUGUCGCUUCUUCACCACUGGGGUUUGAUGGCAUGAGCAUGCCUUUAGGAACGUCACACAGCAACUGGAUUUGGCCUGUGCUCUGCAGGACCUCACACAGGGGCCUUCGGUUUUCGUGCCUCUUGCUUACACACUGGGCUGGUUUGGUGAAUGUCCCUCUCCUUCCUCUUCCGAGGCACUGCGAGGAUUAAUUACAUUGAGUAAAGUGGAGUGGCAGAAGCAAAGUCACUGCAAUAUUUAGGGUUUCAGUAUGAUGGUGUCCAUUGGGAAACACCUGCAAUCAGUAGGUGAUGCCAUUUGAGAAAUCAAGAGGUACUGAGUGUAAGAACAGAUUGUGCAAGUGUUUAGACGCUUGGCUAUUUUUUCAGUAGUGCCCACUAAUUUGGGCAUGUUUUCCUCUCUGGAUGCCCAGCUGGAGAUGGCUCAUAGAAGCUGAUGUUUGGAAGUCACGUAGUGACUUCUUCAGGGUGUACCAGUGCAGCUGGGCACAGAGGCAGUGAGCAUCCCUGUGGCCCAGGUCUCGGCAUGGGAAAACCACUGGACUGUUUUCUUCUUGCCAAAACACUGGAUGUCUCGUCACCACAAGGGAAAGCAUCUUGCUGGAGACUGAAUGUGUAAAUAGUGCAGUAACACGAACCCAUCACACAUCAGAAACAGCUAGCUUUACAGUGGUCAGCCAUCCUGUUUGAAGGAGUGGCUUGUGCAGGGGAGUUUCUGGUUCCCUGUGCCAUGCUCCUGGUCUGAUGCUGUGGAUGCUGUCUGCCAGACAUUGGACACUGCUGCAGGCAGACUCUUGGGCUGCCUUUGAAGAAGGCAAACUCACCAGUCCUUAACCAGCCAGCAAAGAUAUUCAAACUGAAGAAAUAAGCCUAAAAGUUCUCUCAGAGAAAAUCCACUAGAGAAAGAUAAGGUUAGGAAGCGGAGACUCCCCAGCGCUGUUUGAAGCUGAACCACAGCUGUAAAACGCUGCCAUAAAGCCUGUGUGGAUUCCUAGUAAGAUGGAUGCUCUACAUAAGUUGAAGAUUUUGGUGAUGUUUCUGUCUCUGGCUACUUUCACGGUCAUGGUGAUAAUGAAUGCUGGAAAUGCCACUGGGACUUUCAAAGGUCUGUUCAGGACAACCCCUGGAAACAUCUCGGCCAAGUACAGCACUGAUUUCACCCCAGCUGGCUGGACUUUCCUCAUCUGGAAUGUCAUCUACGCCUGGCAGCUCGCCUGGCUCCUCUACGCCUUGUCAGGGAUCUGUCGAAGGAAUGAACUUGGAUAUGUCUUCAUAAAGCCAGACUUGCUGCCAACACCUUUUUAUGUGGCAUGGUGUCUGAAUAAUGGCCUCAAUGUUGGAUGGCUCUUUCUGUGGGACCGAGAAUACCUCCUUCCAGCCCUGGUGUUCCUGGCAGUCCUCUCUCUUACCACGUGUGCCUCCCUUUUUGUUUCCCACCGAGCCUUGAGCAUCCAUUCCUCGUGGUUUGUGAAGGCUCACAAAGCUGACCUCUGGCUCAUCCGCAUUCUGGUGCAGAACGGGCUGGCCCUGUACUUGACAUGGACCAGCAUCGCCACGCUGCUCAACUUCGCCGUCGUGCUGAUCUACAAGUGGGACGUGCCCAAUGAGAAAGCAACCACUGCUUCCCUGAGCAUCCUGGCUCUCGGCCUGGUGAUAUGGUUUUAUCUAGAAAACUACCUUCUUGACAAGUAUGUGCGCUACAACCUGACAGUCUACCCAGUGGUGAUAGCAGCUCUGACUGGCAGCCUGUGCAGGAGCGGCUCGUUUUCAUCCCCAAUGACCAACGAUGUUUUUAUAGUUGUUCUUCUGGCACUGACAUGCUUGAUCUUUGUUGUUCGGCUGGGACUAGUCACAUGGAGACACUGGAAGAGACCACUGGAAACAUCAGAAUUCCGAUGUCCAUCAGGCACAGCGGCCUGAGACCUCUGGCACACUGUGGCUGAUACUUGAAAGGGAAAAAAAAGAAUUGGGCCUGUGCUGGUUCCUUCCUUCCUGUAUCCAUUUCCUCGUGGAAAUGGAUACAGGAAGGAAUAUUUGGAAUAUUCUCUAUUCCAAAUGCAGAUGUCUUGUGUCUGCAAAUGUGUCUUGCUCCCACAUUCUCUCAGAUCAGCUACUCACAACCCUGUCUUGAAUUCCUUUGAUUUUACCUGGAAAAGUUCAGGAAAAGGUCCUGAGCAGCCCUGUGCACCUUUGUGAUGCCUGGGCUGUGGCUCUCUUCUCCUGCCAGUGCAAGGAGGGCUGCCAACAGGCACCCAGCAGGCUUGCACUCACAGUUGUUCUUGUUUUUUCCUUGGUAGCUCACUUUCUUUGAAGUGCAGAUCCAAGUGAUCUGUCCCUGGGGUUCCAGGGGAGCAGUGGGAGGUCUGUCAUUCCCUUGGCCAUUGGUGCUGAGCAUCCUCCAAGCCCUGGUGCUGUCAGCAGAUCUCCUGCAGGCAGCCACUGCUCCUCUUCCUGCUUCUCUUUGGCAUGACAGGAACAGACACUACAGUUUGACAUCUACCUUUGCAGUGUCAGCUCUGCUGUUUGGUAUUCAAGGGGGCAGGGGCAGUGACUGAAGAUUUCUGACACAAAUGCGUUGCCUUUCCCUGAGCUGUGCACAGCUUGGGCUGGCUGGAUGUCUCUCACUGGGGGAGGGUUUGUGGCUACUCUGGAAGGAGGUUAGAUGUACAGAUGAGCUGGUGCCUGAUCUGGGGUGAAGCCUGAUGCUUCAAAGGAAGCCUUUAAAAAAAAAAGAGAAAUAUUGAACCGGUAGAGCGAGUUCAUCCUGGAUCAGUGCCUUCUCAUGUGGCUUCACCACUUCUGAGUUGGGAUUAGGAAGCCUAAAACUGGAUUGACUGAAUUUUUGGACCACUGCCUUUCCUUCCUGUGCCUAAUUGUGAGUUGCUGGUGCCUCACAGGUGUCUGGAAAGUUUUUGCACCAGGAGGGUGCUUUCAGUGCAUCUUGCAGUAUUAUUAACAAAACUAAAUUCUAAAAUAACGUGCUGUUGUUUACAUUUAGCAAAACCCAAAAGCAGUGUAAUGCAACUCCUCUCAUCAUUCUGGUGUUUCUUUUUUUUUUUUUUUAAUUUUCAAAUAAAUCAGCUAAUUCUA